GGCAAUGGAUUCAGAGAAAAGCAAGAUACUGAUAUUUGGAGCAACUGGGUAUCUAGGAGAAUACAUGGUGAAGGCAAGCAUAUCUAUGGGUCAUCCUACCUAUGCUUAUGUUCGCCCAUUCAAACCAAAUGAUACUCAUUCUUCAAAGCUACAACUUCACCAGCAAUUCCAGUCCCUGAGAGUCACUGUAUUUCAAGGUGAAUUGGAGGAGCAUGAGAAGCUUGUUUCAGUACUUAAACAAGUAGACGUAGUGAUUUCUACUCUUGCUGUUCCUCAACACCUUGACCAGCUCAAAAUUAUCUCUGCCAUGAAAGAAGCAGGCAACAUAAAGAGGUUUGUUCCUUCAGAAUUCGGUAACGAAGUGGACAGAGUGAGUGGGCUGCCACCAUUCGAAGCAUUGCUCUCCAAUAAACGAAAGAUCAGGAGGGCAACAGAAGAAGCAGGAGUGCCAUUUACUUACGUGUCUGCAAACUCAUUUGCUGCAUAUUUUAUCGAUUAUCUCCUCCAUCCACGCGACAAACCCGACCAGCUUGUUGUUUAUGGCAGUGGUGAUGCUAAGGCUGUGUUGAAUUAUGAGGAAGAUGUUGCAGCCUAUACAGUGAGAGCAGCAACAGAUCCAAGGGUGGCUAACCGUGUCAUAAUCUACAGGCCACAGGGAAACAUUAUUUCUCAGUUAGAUUUAAUGUCUGCUUGGGAAAAGAAGACUGGAAGAAGUUUCAAAAAGAUUCAUGUUCCUGAGGAAGAAAUUGUCAAGCUUUCAGAGACCCUAAAAUACCCAGAAAACAUCCCAGUAUCUAUACUGCAUAACAUAUUCAUCAAAGGUGAUCAGACGAGCUUUGAACUCACAGAAGAAGAUCUGGAGGCCUCCAAGUUAUAUCCUGACCACAAGUACACUUCAGUCGAUAGGCUUCUUGAUCUUUGCUUGGUUAACCCACCAAAGCCCAAACUAGCAACGUUUGCAUGAGAGAGUUCUCUUCAAGUUGCAACAACACAAGCUCGAAAAAGGUGUCUUUUAUUAUUACUUUUUUUAGCACCAUUGGAUUAGCUGAAGAAUGUUCAAAGUGUCGGCCUCAGUGUAUAAACAUUUCUAGAGUUUCUUAAGAAUUUUCCUUCAAAUAAAGCCAAAUUCAUUGAAA